CCGCCGGCCCAGAGCUGGCUGGGGAAGCGGAGUCCGGCUCCAGCGGGCUCUAGCGCUGCCGUUGAUCGCGCCUCGCUCCCGGCCGGGUCCCUGCGGCCUCCGGCAGCCCCGUCCCGCUCCUGCGCCGCGCCGCCGAUGGGGAGGCUGAUUCUGGGCGAGCUUCGGACAAGCAGCCCCCGGGGAGCCCCGCCUGGACCCCGGCCCGCGCCGCGGCCGCUGCUGGCUGCUCGGGGCCAGAAUGCCCGCAUGGGGGAUCCUGCCCGUCACCCUGCCCGCCGUCACCAUCAGCGGCAUGUGGAUCGUGCAGGACCAGUCCCUCCUGUGAACUUCCCGGGAUUCUUGCCAAAGCAAAUUUGAAAGGUCCCAGGCGAUGGGGCUUUUGCCUCUUCCCAUGGGAGGAUUCCCAAAGGAUAACGUGUCUCACUGACAGGACUUUUUCUCUAAGCAUAGCCAAGCCUUCCCCUUUCCUAGUUUAAUUGAGCCGAGCUCCCUUUACACCCCAUUUGCUGCCCUCCCGUACUUUCAGACUCCAAUCGCCCUCCCUAGUGACUCUGCCAAGCCGGACUUGUUUAAUCCCUUCUCCUGAAUCCAUUGCUCCAGCUCAUUUUUACUGAUCUUCUCUGAACUCCCCGCAAAUGGGUCAGUGCCUUUCCGGUGUCCAAAACUGAAAGGUGUGUUCUGGGCGUGGUCAUGCUGAAGCCAGAAGCUGACUGUCGGCCUGCCUGGUUACCAGCCCAGGAUGCUUUGAUCUCUCUUGCUGCCCAGCUCAUCUAACCUGCUGUCCUGUGUCACUCUUCAGCUUCUCCCCAACUCUCCUACUUCCCCCUCCCACCCCUGAUGUGAAGUUGAAUCACAGUUUAUUUGCUCACCUUUCUAAUCUCCAAGUCUCUUUGUCUUUGGUGGGGCUCCUGAUUUCCUGUCAUCCCCAACCAUUAGUAGUUGAAUCAAACAGGCCACUUCCCGGUUGCCUUUGAUCAUUACCCAUUGUCGGAGCCUUUCAGCCCCCGGGACCCUGCUGGUAUUGGAGCCACUCUGAAUUAACUCUGUCUCAAAUGCUCUGGGUUCCUGGGAGUCCGGGCAGCUUUGUGGAUCAAUGCAAAGUUGAAGAAAAAGCAGCAAACUCCAAAGUGAAGAUAAUGAACCUCCUACCCCCAUCUGGAAACUGAAGUGAGAUUUCAGGUAUGCCAUGGCACUCUCUAACAACCACAUCUGCCCAGUCCACAACUGGAAUUAUAACCAGUCCUGUGGGCUGGAUGGCCCCAUUUCGUGCUGCACUCUGGAUCACAUUCCUCUGGUCAGCAAGUGUGGCACCUUCCCUCCGGAGAGCUGCUUCUUCAGCCUGAUCUGCAGCCUGGGCUCGUUCAUGGUGAUGCUUGUUGGCCUGCUGAGAUACGCCCACGUCAUCGAGUGUUGUGGGCCGUCCCUUCUCAACACCCUGGGGCUGGCGGCAGGCUGGAUCUGCGCCGCUGGCCUCACCAUGGUUGGCAACUUUCAGGUGGACUAUGCCAAGGUGCUGCAUUACAUUGGCGCAGGUGUGGCGUUUCCGACCAGCAUGCUCUUUGUGUUCCUGCAGUCACUUCUGACUUACCGCAUGGCGAAAACCAGGGGCCACUACUGGACCGCCCACUUGCGCAGCAUCCUCUCCACUCUGGCCUUCAUCACCCUUGUCUUCAGUGGUGUGUUCUUCGUCCAGGAGAGUUUUGUUCUGCAACACGUGGCCGCCCUGUGUGAGUGGAUUUUCAUCAUCAACAUCCUCGUCUUCUAUGGCACCUUCACUUUUGAGUUCGGGGCCAUCUCCACAGACACGUUCCUGGUACUCCUGAAAGCCAGCCGGGCUCCCAAGAGCUACAAAUCCGACAGCAGUACAGCCAGCAUGCCGCACGGCCACCGCCACUCCGAGGGCCUGGCCAUGGUCUGAGGGGACCUGGCCUCAUCCCUGGAGAGCUGGGAUGGGCAGAUCGGCGAGACUGAAAAUCCAGACAUUGCCAGUGAUUCUCUUGCCUUGAACAUAUCCAGGAACCAAAGUGCCUCCAAUUUGGGGGGGAAGGAGAAGGAUUGGGGGGCUGAUCCUGACUUCACCUCCCCUUCUGACUCAUGCAGACAAUACACUAAGAAAGUCUGGACCCACAGCCCCAGCAUCACCAGUGCCAUUCAGGGGCUUUUUACCUCCCACCAAAGAGCUCUCCCUGAUGGAACAGAGAGGUGCUAAAAGGGGAUAGUGGGGAGGGGCAGGGAGUAAAUGGGACUCUGAGGUAGAAUCAGGGUUAAGGUUACAUGGUGCUCUAGAAGUCCUAGGGUUACCCUUCCUUGAUUGUGAGACAUAGAGACAAUCUGAGCAUGAGUUGUCCUUGCAGAGGGGCGUUUAGCAUUGCCUCCGGGCUGGGUUUGGGGAGGGGAGGUCUGCCCUGGUUGAAGGCAGCUUAUCCAUCAGGGAAGGGAGGGAGGGGCAGAGAUGGUUAUGCCAUUGAGGGGCUGGAGGUGGAGGUGAAGAGGACUCGUUCUGUAGGGAGGAAGGUGAGAGAGGUGGCAGCAGGGAGGGGGGCAUGGGGAAGGCAGAGGGGCUGCCCUCUGGGGACCGUGGAUGGCAUGAGAUGACAAAGUCAGACAGUUCUUUGCUGAGAUGCCAGAGUCCUCUGGGGUAGCUAGGCCUGUUGAAGAGACUGCAAACGCCCCCCUCUGCUCGGCUAGCUCAGGAGCAAUGGGGGUGCUUAUUGUAGACCAGUACCUGAUCUCGCCGGGCUGAUCAAGGGUGACCAGAUGGUUGGAGCCAAAAGGCAAGAUGCCUCUCUUCUCCCAGCAGGGUUAAGUCAUGCUGGCAUAUCUGGCUGUGAACAAAGUCUAAGUGAUUAUGGCAAAGGUGAAAUCUGUAGCAGUCAAGGCCUUUCCUAGAAGACUGCUGUCCUGUGGGCCCAUGUGGCCGGUGCUUACCUGGCUGAGCUUGUGCCUGACGGCUACCCAGGAGCGCCAUGGAGAAAGCAAUCCAGGUGCCAGCCACUCCGGAGUUCAGGCUGAGGCAGCGCUUUGAUUUCAGGGAAGUCCCUAUUUCCAUGGGCUCUUCUCAGGAGUGCCCCCCCCCCCCCGCGUUCUGACCCACUUCCUGCUUGUUCUCAGCCCAGAGCUGGCUUCUACUGAAAGCUCUUUGACACAGCGAGCAGCUUUUCAUCCUGUGUUUGUACAGCGCCUAGCACUGUGGGGUCCUGGGCUGAGUUGAGCUCCUAGAUGCUGUCAGACUAUAAACAGUAAAUUAGAGAGAGGUUUUAAGCUGCAGUGUGGCCAUACCUGAAUUCUUUCCACAAUCUUCCCCUGCUUCCCUCAAGUCUGCAUAUGUUUAAAGAGUUCUUUGCAUUAAGUAGUGCCCCAAGGCCCCAGUGUGCUAGGUGCUGUGCAGACACACAUGCCCUGUGCUGAAGAGCUUACAAUGCUUCAGGCUAGAUCUGACAUGUAAAACUUCAUGCCCCUGGGGGUUAGUGCUCAGAGGAGAGGACGACUUUACCCUUCUGUAGUGCUGCGUAAUUAGAUCCAGCAUGGUUCUCCUGCGCCUAUCCUCUCACUAUUGAGGCAUUCAUGGCACUUCGCUGUCAUUAGUGAAUUCAGCCUCCCAGCCCCUCGGAAGGUGGGUUAUUGUCAUUAUUCCCUUGUUACAGAGAAGGGAAAUGGAGGCAGAGAAAGAUGAAGUGACUUCCCCAAUGUAAGCCUACAGCAGAUCCAGCUGUGACUCUUAGCACAAGACCAGCCUUCCUCUACUGCCUAUGCCUUAUAAAGUGCCUUGGACACAUUGUAAAAUGUUUAGGAACACUGGGGAUGUGAUUGGAAACUGCAUGCUCCCUCUGGGGAUGCUUUCGUGCCUUCAUUACAUUUAGACCAAGGCCAUCUCUUCCAAGGGAGGAUGAGUGGAUCCUAACCUAACUCAGGACAUGAACAAAGUCAGCCAGUCCUACCAAGUUUAAGUCACCUGGUCUCCUGAGCCUGAUCCUUACGAGACCACAGGAGGAGGGGCUGGUGGGGGUGAACCUUAGCUGUGUAUGAGAGUGAAUGUAGCGGAUGUGUAUUUUUCCCCCUUGACGGGAGUUUGCUGCUGCUGUGUGUGUUAAUGAGGCUCUGAUUCCUGAUUUGCCCACCUUUCAAAGGGAAUUGCCCUGUAAAUUCACCAGGCAUGUGGUUCAGAGAGGAGUGUGAGGAAUAUUUUAUAUGUAAUAUAUGGAAAAUAUAUGUGGAAAAAUCAAUUUGCAAUAAUAAAAUGGA